AUGACUCGGUUCAGAGAGACUCAGUUCAGAGUGACUCGGUUCAGAAUGACUCAGUUCAGAGUGACUCGGUUCAGAAUGACUCGGUUCAGACUGACUCAGUUCAGAGUGACUCAGUUCAGACUGACUCGGUUCAGAAUGACUCAGUUCAGAGUGAUUCGGUUCAGAAUGACUCAGUUCAGAAUGACUAAAUUCAGACUGACCCAGUUCAGACUGACUCGGUUCAGAAUGACUCAGUUCAGAGUGACUCAGUUCAGAAUGACUCAGGUCAGACUGACUCAGUUCAGACUGACUCGGUUCAGAAUGACUCAGUUCAGACUGACUCGGUUUCUGAAUGACUCGGUUCAGAAUGACUCGGUUCACAAUGACUCGGUUCAGAAUGACUCGGUUCAGAGAGACUCAGUUCAGAGUGACUCGGUUCAGAAUGACUCAGUUCAGAAUGACUCAGUUCAGAGUGACUCGGUUCAGAAUGACUCGGUUCAGACUGACUCAGUUCAGAGUGACUCUCAGUUCGUGAUUCAGACUGACUCGGUUCAGAAUGACUCAUCAGAUUCAGUUCGACUGACUCGGUUCAGAAUGACUCAGUUCAGAGUGACUCAGUACAGAAUGACUCAGUUCAGAAUGACUCAGUUCAGAGUGACUCAGUUCAGACUGACUCAGUUCAGAAUGACUCAGUUCAGACAGACUCAGUUCAGAAUGACUCGGUUCAGAAUGACUCAGUUCAGAGUGACUCGGUUCAGAAUGACUCGGUUCAGACUGACUCAGUUCAGAGUGACUCAGUUCAGACUGACUCGGUUCAGAAUGACUCAGUUCAGAGUGAUUCGGUUCAGAAUGACUCAGUUCAGAAUGACUAAAUUCAGACUGACCCAGUUCAGACUGACUCGGUUCAGAAUGACUCAGUUCAGAGUGACUCAGUUCAGAAUGACUCAGAAUGACUCAGUUCAGAGUGACCUAGUUCAGACUGACUCGGAACAGAAUGACUCAGUUCAGAAUGACUCAGUUCAGAGUGACUCAGUUCAGAAUGACUCAGGUCAGACUGACUCAGUUCAGACUGACUCGGUUCAGAAUGACUCAGUUCAGACUGACUUGGUUCAGAAUGACUCAGUUCAGACUGACUCGGUUCAGAAUGACUCAGUUCAGACUGACUCGGUUCAGAAUGACUCAGUUCAGAGUGACUCAGUACAGAAUGACUCAGUUCAGAAUGACUCAGUUCAGAGUGACUCAGUUCAGACUGACUCAGUUCAGAAUGACUCAGUUCAGACAGACUCAGUUCAGAAUGACUCGGUUCUGAAUGACUCGGUUCAGAAUGACUCGGUUCAGAAUGACUCGGUUCAGAAUGACUCGGUUCAGAAUGACUCAGUUCAGAAUGACUCAGUUCAGAAUGACUCAGUUCAGAGUGAGGUGGAGAUCACAACGCAGCAGACGACAGACGCAGCAGACGACAGACGCAGCAGACCACAGACGCAGCAGACCACAGACGCAGCAGACGCAGCAGACGACAGACGCAGCAGACGCAGCAGACCACAGACGCAGCAGACGCAGCAGACCACAGACGCAGCAGACGACAGACGCAGCAGACGACAGACGCAGCAGACCACAGACGCAGCAGACGACAGACGCAGCAGACCACAGACGCAGCAGACCACAGACGCAGCAGACCACAGACGCAGCAGACCACAGACGCAGCAGACCACAGACGCAGCAGACCACAGACGCAGCAGACCACAGACGCAGCAGACCACAGACGCAGCAGACCACAGACGCAGCAGACCACAGACGCAGCAGACCACAGAUGCAGCAGACGCAGCGGACGACAAACACAGCGGACAACAGACGCAGCAGACCACAGACGCAGCGGACGACAGAGGCAGCGGACGACAAACACAGCGGACAACAGACGCAGCAGACCACAGACGCAGCGGACGACAGAGGCAGCGGACGACAGACGCAGCGGACGACGGAGGCAGCGGCCAUGUUGCUCUGGUGCAGACGGAGGUUAGAGAAUAUAAGGAGUGGUGUUGA